CGGCUCUGCUCAAUUUUAUUGAGCGCGUGCGUGCUCAUUGAUUUACUCGGGAGUUAUUUUGCAACGUGCUCGGUGAAAAAUCAAAGCCCCGGUGUACCAAGCAGCCGACCAUGGCUUCAGGGGAACCCAAAGCAAAGAAACUCAAACUAACAGAGAAGGAGAAGACAGAGUCGCCUGCUAAAGAGACUCCUGCCGCGCUGAGCCCGAAUUUGCUCUUUGGGAUGGGAAACCCUCUACUGGACAUUUCUGCCGUGGUGGACAAGGACUUUUUGGACAAGUAUGGCCUGAAGCCCAAUGACCAGAUCUUGGCAGAGGACAAACACAAAGCACUUUUUGAGGAACUUGUGAAGAAGUUCAAAGUUGAGUACCAUGCUGGUGGAGCUACACAAAACUCCAUAAAGAUUGCUCAGUGGAUGAUCCAAGAGCCCCAUAAAGUAGGCACGUUCUUCGGCUGCAUUGGCAACGACAAGUUUGGGGAGAUUCUGAAGCAGAAGGCUGAGGAGGCCCACGUCGACGCCCACUACUACGAGCAGGACAAAGAGCCCACAGGGACAUGUGCUGCUUGCAUCACCGGGGACAACAGGUCUCUGGUAGCAAACCUAGCUGCUGCUAACUGUUAUAAGAAGGAUAAGCAUCUAGACCUGGAGGAAAACUGGAAGCUGGUGGAAAAAGCUAAAGUCUAUUACAUUGCUGGUUUCUUCCUGACUGUCUCGUUGGAAUCCAUCCUGAAAGUGGCGAAGCACGCGUCUGAAAAUAACAAGCUGUUCGGUCUGAAUCUGUCUGCGCCCUUCAUCUGCCAGUUCUUCAAGGAUAACCUCAUGCAGGUUAUGCCCUACGUGGAUGUGCUGUUUGGCAACGAGACGGAAGCAGCCACAUUUGGCAAAGAGCAAGGCUUUGAGACUAAGGACAUUAAGGAGAUUGCCAAGAAAGCUCAGGCUCUGCCCAAAGUCAACAAGAAGAGACAGAGGAUCGUCGUGUUCACUCAGGGGAAGGAUGGAACAAUUAUGGCCCAAAGUGACAAAAUCGAGACUUUCCCAGUAAUCGAGAUUGACCCCAAGGACAUUGUUGACACAAAUGGUGCUGGUGAUGCCUUUGUAGGAGGUUUCCUCUCUGGGCUGGCCCAGGAGCAACAACUGGAUCAGUGUGUGAAGGCAGGACACUACGCUGCCAAUGUCAUCAUCAGACGAGCGGGCUGCACCUUCCCAGAAAAACCUGACUUCAAAUAAGGAUACCCAGACCACUUUUUCUCCGUCCUAAAUGCUCAUACCUCUUACUUGGGACUUGUCCUACCCUCCUGUGCAUCGCUGUGACCCAAAUGUCCAGCCACCCUCCACAGCUUCUACCCUGAUUCUUCAUGAUCUUGUUUUUUAAUUAUUUUUUUUUUAAAACCAAAAAAGCCGCCCGUUUUAUCAUUCUUCCUAUUCAUGUUUUAACUGUUGGUAGGGUGCCUCCUGACAUCUGUGCCUGUUUCUGUCUUCCUUUUGGCAAUGCUCUAAGAUCAUAACCCAUGGCCAAAGUUCAUGGGGUUAGUUUAAGUAUUAAUGAUACCAAAUAAGAAACAUGCUAACACCACAAGCUGUAAUAAUGUUGCUUUACACAAAGGAUCUGAUUGGGAAAUAUCAUUUGAUAUCAUUAUCAUGGAAAGUUGAGAUAAUUUUUUGUCAAGGUUAGUUUUCCUUUAAUUGUAUUUUGUGGCUCUGACACUGCCAGGACUUGGCUGCAAUGCCGUCCAAUAACUGUUGCUAACACUGAUAUUGACAUCGACUCACAAAUCUGUUGGCUCUUCCCCCAUGGAGGGAGACUAUAUACAAAAGGGGACUGAACAGUGAAUUAUUACUGUUUAGGGAGGCGCUGGAUACUGCAUCUCAAUGUGCAGUGGCAAUUUGUUUUAAUUUUUUUUUUUUUUAAUGAAUUAUAACUGACUGUGCAUGUCAUGUUCCUCAGAAUUGUUUAAACAGGCCAGUUUUGAAACCAAAAUGGAUUCUUUUGAAGCACAGUUUCUAAAUGUAUGAAAACCUCUGCACGUCAAGUCCUGCUUGGUCACCAUGUUAAGCUUCAAUUUUGAUGUAUCAUUAACAUUAAAUUGUCCAUCCAGAAGCGACUUUCAUAGUCAGCGCUGUGGAAAUUAGUUUUCCUAAGGCUGUGUGAGGGGCACUGUUUGAAAACAAGUCAAUCACAAAGUAAUGAGUGCCUUUUUCGUUCUUCUCUGUAAAUGUUAUUACAGUAAGUCUGACAACUUUGUGUGCAGAGGCCAAGAGAUGUGAAGAUCUUGCCUUGCACAUGACUGUCUUGUUGGUAAUGCAGGAAAACCUGCAAACUAGACUAGUGAUGGGCAGCUGGUGGCUUGUGGGGUGUGCAGUAUGUGCACCUACAUCUUGUCCAAUAUGCAUGAAGGUACUGUUGCUUGGAAAAUUUUAUCGUAAAUGAUUUUAUUUGUCAGGAAUACAGUCACCAAAAGAACUGAUUUUUCCCUGUGUUUCUUUUACCUUUUAUCACCUAAACUCCCUGAGAUUAUUCUGUAGCAGUGACACAGUUGCUUAUGUACAUCAACUUUAAGAUAAUUCCAGCAUCAUAAACGCUGCAAUGUAAGCCAUGUUUUCUCAUCUUAGAUGUUUAUGGGACAGUUGCAACCAAUUUUUUUUUCCCCACGGUACAACUGCUGCAACUCCCAGUCUUUUGAUGGGUAAUGUUUUUCAUGUUUUCAAAAUCAACCAUCUGUGCCUGCCUAAUUUUGCAUAAUGGUUUGCACAACAGUAAAGAAAUUCCUGCUGAAACCUGCUGCUUCCCAGCAAACACAUUACUCGUAGUGCCAAUGCAGUAUUCUGCAUGGACUUUAUCUUCAUGCACACUGUGAAACAGUGCAGUAUCCUAUAUUUAACAUCCACAGUGUUUCUUUAACAUGCUCAUUACAUCCAGUCAUGCUCUUCUAUUUUUUGGCCACAGCACCGCCAAAGUUGUCCAUCCUUGUGCUAGACUGUGUUUGUGUGAUGACUGAAACUGACAAAUAAAAAUCAGAUUUACCUCAA